AUAAAUUUGAACAUGAAAGGAAUCUGUUGGAUAGGUAUGGCUAUGAUAGGAGUAUCUAGGGAUAGUCUUUGAUAAACCAUGUAUAGCUGUGAGUAGAGGUUGAUAUUGGAGGGUCAUUGUAGGAUAACAUGUUGGAUUUGGAUUUAGUUCAUGGUUAGUUGGAUUUGUUCAUGAUUAAAAGCUGAUUAAUUUUUUUAACUACUUUGAUUAAACAUGAAUAUUCUCAAGAACGUUUUGAAACAGCAGGGGCCAAGAUUUCGUAGAAAAGGUGCACCAGAGCAUGUCCACUUUGAUCAACAUAUUGGCAAACAAUUCAUCAAGCGAUUGGUUUCUUCAUCUGGCCAUAACCAGCAAGAGAAUGGUAGACAAAAAUUGGUUAUUCUAGGCACAGGAUGGGGUGGUUACAGCCUUUUGAAAAACAUUGACAAAAAACUAUUUGAUGUGAUUGUAAUCAGUCCUCGAAAUCAUUUCCUGUUCACCCCCUUGUUGGCAAGUACUACGGUUGGGACUUUGGAGUUUAGAAGUAUCAUUGAACCAGUUCGGAACACAAAAUUCAGAGAUGAUCAUCAUUUUCAGUUGGCCAAAGCAGUUGAAUUACAAUCAGACAAGCGUAUAGUUGUAUGCAAGAGUGUUUUAAACAAUAAGAAGCAGGAAAUAAGCUAUGAUAAACUUGUUAUAGCAGUCGGUGCAAGAAGUAAUACUUUCAAUGUCCCUGGCGUGGAAAAGCAUGCUUUCUUCCUGAAAGAAAUAGCUCAUGCCAGAGCAAUCAGGAAUAAGAUUUUGACAAACUUUGAGUUAUCAGUUCACCCAAAUAUCACAGCAGAUGAGGAGAAGAGAUUGUUACAUUUUGUAAUCUGUGGUGGAGGGCCAACAGGUGUUGAGUUUGGUGCAGAAUUGUACGACUUUCUUCGUGAAGAUGUGUCCAGACUAUACUUCCAAGAGAAAGACAAAGUACAGGUUACUCUAGUGGAGCCACAUCAAAUAUUGCCAUCAUUUGACAAGAAGUUGAGAACAUUUGCAGAGAAGAAAAUUCAACAACGUUCGAGAUUCAAUUUGAUACAAAGUGGUGUGGUUGAGGUUGAUGAGAAAUCUGUCAAGUUACAAGAUGGUACCUUAAUACCAUGUGGAUUGGUUGUCUGGUCAACUGGUCUUGCACCAAGACCAUUUAUUGAAAACACCAUUCUUCCAAAGUCCAAACAAAAACAACUGCUUGUUGAUCCAUUCCUCAAAGUGAAAGGCAUCUCAGAUGGCAAUGUUUAUGCCCUUGGUGACUGUGCCUAUAUUGAAGAAAAUCCUCUGGCAUGCACAGCACAAGUGGCUGAGCGUCAAGGCAGAUAUCUUGCUAAAUGUUUUGCCCAGGAGAGAAAACAAGAUGCAAAUCUGAAACCAUUUUCAUGGAGAAAUGCUGGAAUGCUAGCCUAUGUUGGUGACUACCAAGCUUUGGCUGAAUUUGAAACAUCAAAGUUCAGAGGGUUUAUGACUUGGGUGCUGUGGAGAUCUGCUUAUCUCACAAUGUUGGGAAGCUUUCGAUUGAGACUACAGGUGCCAUUUGAUUGGAUGAGAGCUUUUGUAUUUGGACGAGAUACAUCUAAGUUUUAGCCAACUAUAUGUAGAUUACAACUUCAUUUUUCAGAUACACAUUCACAUAAUCACCAUUCAUUGGCAGUUAAUUCGCAGUUUACCAAGAGUGUGUUCAUUGUAUAACUGAUUUAGAUCACCGAAAUGAAUAUUAAAAAGAAUUUCACCAACUUCUGAAUAACUAGCUUUAAACAGAAAACCUCAUAAAAUAAAUACAUAAAAAUCUCUCAAGUCAUACUAUGCAGUGUUUAAAUCAAU